AUGAUUGUUCUUCGUGCCGUGUUUCUAAUCUGGUCUGGUUACGCCACAGCCUGCUAUGCCAUAUGCGAGGGCAAAUAUGAGAAAGCGAUACCUCCCAUACGAGAAGUGAACCGCAUCGUACGAAAUGCGUUCGACGUCUGCAUGAAACUCAUCAAGGGUUUGAGCUUCAAGCCUUCGGUAAAGUAUUAUCGAGAGUUCAUGCUAAACAUGUGUGAGAUCAUACUCGGGUGCGAAGCGAAGACGCCGGGGGACAUGUCCGCGGUCAAGUUAUGCUUCUUGGCUGACCUGAGAAGUGAUCUGGAAAGGAAAGGGAUCCUAAAGCCGAAAGACAUUGACAUCUCUAUGGAUAUUGUGAACUGUUCAUCACAACCAGUGGAAAAUUUGAUGACGGCAGUACAUGCCCUUCGAUAUGCAUACAAACUAACUGGAUAACUGGGCCGGAAACAAAGUCGUGUAAAUGACACGUCAAUAAACGUGAUUAUCAUGCAGA